AUGAUUCAGCCGGCCGAGCGGCUGGAAGAGAUCAACAGCCACCAGGCCGACGAUUAUUGGGUGCUGGUCCGCCAUGAGGUGUGUUCCUCGUACCUGGGGUUGCACGUCGUCCCGGUACCCUACCUGGAGGACGCCCAGCACUAUGAUCUCCUCAACGUGUUGCUGGAGAAGACGGAGAAGGAAGGUUCCCGGUUGCUGCAACGGAAGAGUUUCUUCCCGAUGGGGCCGCUCAGGGAGAUACUGGCCAGCCUGGACAGCAAGAACGCCCAGCUGAUGGAAGAGCAGAUCAAGAUCAAGAGCCAUUUCACGGACGACUUUGACCACGAGGAGAUGGUGCUGGACGAGGGGGUGUUGAAAUCCAUCAAACUCAUCGUCAAAGAUGUCAACAAAGAGGACUCGCUGUUCUCCAUCAAACCGGAGAUCCUGAAGGUGUCGCACAACUUCCCCUGGAUCCUGUCCGUGAGGAGCAUCUACGUGGUCUACGAGGUGUUCUACACCACGAACAUGCAGCUGCAGGUGUCCGACAGCAAGCUCAUCCAGCAGUUUAAAUCCGCCAACAGAAUCCCCAUCGGUUUCAUGUGCCGCAAGUUCCGGCUGGAGUCUAGCGGGAUGAUCGGAGAUGAGUUAGACAUGAGUAAGUCUCCCUGCAGAGCCAACUUUGUCAACUCCUACUCUAACACCUACAACGCCAUGGUACGCCGCUACUACACUUCCACUCACGAACUGAAGACUAGCGUGUCUACACGGAGCAAGGGCGUUAGCAGUCUCUUCCGAUUCAUGUUAUCAGGUACACAACUCAUGGGUUGCCAGUGGGAGAGGGGGAAUAUUGUUCUCGUCAAUGGGGAGCUUUUCCUGCCACCAAUGGGAUUGGUCCCUGAAUCCAGAUCAGUGGUCCAGGUGUCGGGAUCCAGUGGUUGGAUCAGAUCUCUGUCUGUGGGAAUUGGUUCGACAGAUUCGCCGGGCAGCUUCAGAGUUGUGCCGCAAACCAUUUCUGCCGACGAACAUCCUAGGGCUGCUUUCACCGGCGUACGAAUGCCAAGCAGAACCAGAGGCAUCCGUUCACUCCAGUUCUCCUCCAGCUUCCAGAGCACCUUUCAACUGGCGAUGGAACCGUUCAAUCAGGCCGAUCGCUUGUGGAUGAUACACCAUCGUUUGAAUCUGGUUUGUACCCAAAAGGUCUGGGUCGUGUUUGAAACAGCGCAGACUCGAAUUGUGGUCCUCGCUAUGCGUACCAACUUCAGCACUGCUUUCUGCCGCAACAAAUUUUUGUGCAUGCCGUUUGGUAUUGGUUCAGCCAGUGAGGUGUUUCAGUGCUCCAUGGAGCAACUGUUUAUUGGAUACCCUUGUGCUAUCAUCAUGGAUGAUAUCAUUGUUAGUGGCAAAGACAUGGAACAAUAUGAUGCUAACUUGAAGAAGGUACGCGAGUGUGCCGGGGAACUGAACUUAAAACUGAAUCCCCAAAAAUGUCGGCAGAUCCUUCUAAGACUGUACUGUUAG